GCAUUUAGUCUUGCCAAGAUGGAGAGUCUCAGGCGGGCAUUCUGAGCUGCUUCUUGUCACUGGGGAAAACCACGUGCACGCAGUGCUGAGGCGCCCCACGCGCGUCCUCAGGGGAAGCCAGGCACUGAGACAAAGGUUGUGGGACCGCUCUUUCAGGAACUCACCAGCUCUGCGAGCUCGCGGCCGCCAGCGCGGUCCACCCAUUGGCGGGAGAGGACUCACAGACCGCAGCGCCUCACCCCGCCUGCUCCGCAGCGGGACCGCGUAGACCUCAGCUCCCCGAGCAGCGCAGGUCUGCACAAGGACCAUGGGUGCCGCGCUGGGGACAGGCACGCGGCUGGCUCCCUGGCCGGGCCGGGCCUGCGGCGCCCUCCCGCGCUGGGCACCCACCGCGCCCGCCCAAGGCUGCCACUCCAAGCCUGGCCCGGCGCGCCCUGUGCCCCUGAAGAAGCGCGGAUACGAUGUCACCAGGAACCCUCAUCUCAACAAGGGGAUGGCCUUUACCCUUGAAGAAAGGCUGCAGCUUGGAAUCCACGGCCUAAUCCCGCCCUGCUUUCUGAGCCAGGACGUCCAGCUCCUCCGAAUCAUGAGAUAUUACGAGCGGCAGCAGAGUGACCUGGACAAGUACAUCAUUCUCAUGACACUCCAAGACCGGAACGAGAAGCUCUUCUACCGAGUGCUGACUUCGGACGUGGAGAAGUUCAUGCCAAUCGUGUACACACCUACCGUGGGGCUGGCCUGUCAGCACUAUGGCCUGACUUUCCGCAGGCCCCGUGGACUGUUCAUCACCAUUCAUGACAAAGGUCAUCUUGCAACAAUGCUGAAUUCUUGGCCAGAAGACAAUAUUAAGGCCGUGGUGGUGACUGAUGGGGAGCGCAUCCUGGGCCUGGGAGACCUGGGCUGCUACGGCAUGGGCAUCCCUGUGGGCAAGCUGGCCCUGUACACGGCAUGCGGAGGGGUGAACCCGCAGCAGUGCCUCCCUGUGCUGCUGGACGUCGGCACCAACAAUGAGGAGCUGCUCAGAGACCCUCUGUACAUCGGCCUGAAACACCAGCGCGUGCGCGGGAAGGCAUACGAUGACUUGCUGGAUGAGUUCAUGCAGGCUGUGACAGACAAGUUUGGAAUAAAUUGCCUCAUCCAAUUUGAAGACUUCGCCAAUGCCAAUGCCUUCCGCCUGCUCAACAAAUACCGUAACAAGUACUGCAUGUUCAAUGAUGACAUCCAAGGCACAGCCUCCGUUGCUGUGGCAGGGAUCUUGGCUGCUCUGCGAAUCACCAAGAACAAGCUUUCCAAUCACGUGUUUGUUUUCCAAGGUGCAGGCGAGGCAGCUAUGGGCAUUGCCCACCUCCUUGUCAUGGCCCUAGAGAAAGAAGGUGUACCGAAGGAAGAGGCCACAAGAAAGAUCUGGAUGGUGGACUCUAAAGGGCUCAUUGUCAAGGGGAGGAGCCACCUGAACCAUGAAAAGGAGAUGUUUGCCCAAGACCAUCCUGAAGUCAACUCCCUGGAGGAGGUGGUGAGGCUGGUGAAGCCCACAGCCAUCAUAGGUGUUGCUGCCAUCGCAGGAGCCUUCACGGAGCAGAUUCUGAGGGACAUGGCCUCCUUCCACGAGCGCCCUAUCAUCUUUGCCCUGAGCAACCCCACCAGCAAGGCCGAGUGCACGGCUGAGAAGUGCUACCGGGUCACCGAGGGCCGAGGGAUUUUUGCCAGUGGAAGUCCUUUUAAGAGUGUGACUCUGGAAGAUGGCAAGACCUUCAUUCCUGGGCAGGGAAACAAUGCUUACGUGUUCCCCGGGGUGGCACUGGGAGUCAUCGCCGGCGGGAUCCGGCACAUCCCAGAUGAGAUCUUCCUCCUGACAGCAGAGCAAAUUGCCCAGGAAGUCUCUGAGCAGCAUCUGUCCCAGGGGAGACUGUACCCACCACUCAGCACCAUCCGAAACGUGUCUUUGAGAAUUGCCAUCAAAGUUCUCGACUACGCGUACAAACACAACCUGGCUUCCUACUACCCAGAGCCUAAGGACAAGGAGGCUUUUGUAAGAUCCCUGGUCUACACUCCAGACUAUGACUCCUUUACACUGGACAGCUACACUUGGCCCAAGGAAGCCAUGAAUGUUCAGACGGUCUGAGGCAGUCUCAGAGGCUAGUAUGGGGCUAGAUGAAGCCCAGAGUAACACCCACAAUAUAAAUGGGUUCCAAAAUGGCCCAAGUGAAUCCUUGUCGCUGUGUUUUUUCUUUUAAACUUUCUGGUGUGAGAGGAGAUGCCAAGGCAUACAGUGAAUAAAAGCCUUGUCUCUGAA